UGGCACGCGACACUGACCAAUCACCAUGCGGAGAGUGGUCGUAACCGUGCGUUUGAACCAACGUCAACUCAGUCAAUCAUAGAGGAGGUGACGCGGGUGUUGAAAGCUUGAGAGCCGAAACGCGACGUUCACGGCCUUACAACGCGUGGCAUGCGAGAACCUUGUAAACAAGCGACCUUUCGCCCGCUCACUCACGAGUACACGAGGAUCCCGAGUCACUUAGGUAAGGAACAGAAGCACCAAAAUUUUAUCAUAUCCUCAAAAUGGCACCUCCCAAAGUAUUACUUGGACAAAACAGACAAAACGGCACUGCAACUUUGAGGAAAGGAAUAACAACCAGAAGUCAAAAUUCCUUAUUGAAUAAUGUAUUAAAACCAUCCAAUGCUGGCAGAGAAACUCGUGCUAAGCGAAAAGCAGAAGUUUCCCCAUCUAAAGAAAAAACACACAAAAGAUAUGCUUUUGCCAACAUCACCAAUGCUAUUACUACAUCGCUAGGAGCACAAAUUCAUCCAUUAAAAAAGGCGAAUGUACAAACCAAACCAGUUGAAAAUAACAAUGGUUUAGAGAAACCUGUAGAUGUUACGUCAAAAGUUGCAUUGGCAAAAGCAAAACCAGUGCCUCGUAUUAAGCCUAUUCUCAAAAAAGAUGAUAAAACGGAAAUUGUUAAUAGCAAAAUUGUAAAUAGCAGAUUGAGUGUGGGUUCAGAGGAUAAUUCAUUGUAUGUCAGUGCUUUAGAAGAUGUUAAUGAUAGCAUGAAGAAGACUCGUAGGAGCAAUAAUAAGAUCGAUGAAAUAACAAACGAGAAACCAACGGAGACAGAUGAAAAAGGAGAACCCACGCCCCCUGUGAGUGAAACUAAAGUUACGGCCGCCUCUUUGGUGAACGCCAUUCCUGUAAAACAAUUACCUGAAGGCAUCCAGUGGGAUUUUGAUGUCGAGAAUUGGCUAGAUCCAUAUCAAGUAUCACACUAUGUAAUGGAUAUUUUUGAGUAUCUGAAGGAACGAGAACGCCUAUUUCCUAUCGGUGAUUACAUGGAUCGGCAAGUAUGUCUUUCGCAAUGGAUGAGAGCGUUGUUGGUUGACUGGAUGGUCGAGGUUCAGGAAUCAUUUGAGUUGAAUCACGAAACCCUGUAUUUGGCUGUGAAACUGGUUGACUUAUACUUGACAAAGAUGACGGUCGGAAAAGAGACUUUACAACUGCUCGGCGCUGCGAGUCUUUUCAUAGCAAGCAAAUUUGACGAAAGAAUACCACCAAUGGUGGAAGAUUUUUUAUAUAUAUGUGACGGCGCUUACACGCAAAGAGAACUGAUCAAAAUGGAAAUGAAUGUUUUAAAAGUAGUCAAUUUCGACCUGGGAAUACCUCUUUCUUAUAGAUUUCUGCGGCGUUAUGCCAGGUGCGCCAAGGUGUCUAUGCCCACAUUAACUCUGGCUCGGUACAUAUUGGAGCAUUCCUUGAUGGAUUAUUCGAUGAUCAGGUUUAGCGAUAGCAAAAUGGCAGCAGCAGCAUUGCUAUUAGCGUUAUUAAUGAAAGACUUGGGAGGAUGGAAUCCAACAUUAGAAUACUAUAGCAGUUAUAAACUUGACGACAUAAGAGAUAUUUGCAAUCUGUUGAAUAAAAGUUUGCACAAAAAGCAUAAAGAAACAUUAAAGACUGUCCACAGCAAAUACAGCCACAAGAUAUUUUUUGAAGUAGCAAAGCUGCCCUUAAAAGAGACUUUAGACAUAUAAAAGUACAAUUAAAAAUAACUGAAGUAACUUGUAAGUCAAAGAAAUGCCUCAAUAUCAGUAGAAGUACAGACAAAGAUUGAAUCGUCUUCAUAGCACGGAAUAGGUGUUAAGACUAGUCGUAUCAACAAUUGUUGGACAGUUGAAUGUUAAUUAAGUGAUUGUUAGCACGUAAAUAGCGAUGCUGCAUUCUAAAUUGUAUAAUGCAUGAAACGGGCGUAAAAAAUCGCGAAGCAUACCGAAAAAUUUUGCCGCUAAACUUCAUUGAAUUUUUUACGGGUACAUUGGAUAGCAUCUAUAUUGAUUUAUCUUUAUUAUUAUUAUUUAUAUACACAUAUAUGAUGCGGUAAUCUCUAUAGAACUUUACAGUUUUUACUAUUUGUAUAAGUCAUUUUACUAAUUCUUUGUCUUUUUUUAUUAAAAAUUUAUUUUAGCGCCACGCUUUUAUACUUUGCGAAAUGAAUUUUCAAUCCGAGAUUUGAUGUCGGGUUUUUUUUCAAUACACGAAAAUAGAAUGCUGAAAAGUAAUGCACGUAUGGUCGAAUUGAUUCAAACGAAAGGUGUAUAUUUUCAAAAUUUAAAGAAAAGAAUAAAAUUUAUCUUUUUUUUAUACUUAAUCAUAUAAUCUAAUAAAUUCUUCCCAAUGGAAAUUUAUUUUUAUGUCUAUUCGCUUAGCUUCACCAACUCUGGAAAAAUAUGAAGAAAUGCAAAACGCCAAACCUGAAUUGAAUGUUAUACGUUUGUUGCGGCAACCAUUGCUGCGAUAUUUAUACAUAAUUUUGGAGCAAUCGAAUUCACACAUUUACGAAAUUUUAUUGUUUAUCAUGCUUCGAGCAACAGUGUCCUAAAUAGUUUUUUAAACAAUGAUUGAAUUUUGUUAUAUUCUACAUACUAGAUCUAAUUAGCAUAAUAUACUUGACUUAUUUCAACGAUUGUUCAAGAAUUGUUUACUUGAACAAACUUUUGCAUAUUAGAAAAACAACACUAUUCCCAUCUCGUUUCUCAGAGUAAUUGACCGUAUGCGUUGCUUUUCAGCUUAUCUCCUCAUGAUUAACUAUAAUCUUUUAAUGACGAAAAAUAUUUUUUAAUAUACUCCCGAUCACCAACUGAUAAUGCAAAUACGAUUACAAGCAGAGAUAAUCGUGUGACAACUCUUACCGAAGAUACCAUCAUAUAAAGGAUGUGGCGCGUUGUUAUGUAUCAUUGUUGUAUUUACAGUUGGGCUUCCGUAUUCUUCGUCAGGAUCAAGCUGGCUUUUUUCUUGUCUUUUCCCUCCAAUCUCCACAUAUUCCAAUAUUGAAUAAUCAUUAGGUCUAAUCAUUAGAAUAUGAUUGGAAACUGAAGAGUAGGAGAAAGAACAUGGAGAAACUAACUCAAUCCUCGUAAGGAAGUGCAACGGAAGUUCGACUGUAUGUAGACUGAAUGAAGCUUAUUGUUGUUUGAGAAACUCGAAUUUCUGUUUACAGUCAUGAAUAAGAAAACAAAAUGUUUAUCGCAGAUAAUGAUGAGAAAAUUCAACAUUGAAAAUAGAAUAUCCCAUCCGUCUGAUCUUAGAAUAUAUAUAGCAAUUUAAUGUAGCUAUAUUUCCAUAUUAUGACAAUUCUGUUAGGUAUGAUUUGAACUCUUGUUUUGUGUACAUUUUUAGCGAAAUAAGAUUUCUCCUUCAUUGAAACUCGUAAUUACCCGAGUGAGUGGCAAAUAUUGAUCAUUUUUGCUGCAAAUUUAUGCAACAUCUAUAAAAAAAAAAAUUAAGCUAUCGUUAAUUUAUUAUAAAAAUAUACCUACUUAGUUCCCUAUUGUAAGGAUUAAAAGAGUUGAUUUGUACAUUCUUGCAUGCCAAGAGAGAAAAUUAUAAAUUUCAAAGACUCGCAAUUCAUAAAUUCGACGUUUCGAAACUUUUAGCAGUGCUGCGUAAUACACUCCUCUUUCCAAAAAAUUCAGGUGAGCAUCAAUAAAAAACGAAAAAAACCAUCUGUGAUAUCAACAUUCGCUCAUGUCACAAAACCGAAACGAUGAGUGCGUGUGCGUUAUGCAUUUUUCUCUCCCAAAAUGCAGGGUGGCCACGAAAUUCUUCAGUGUGAAGAAUUACAGUUUUUCUCUACAAAAAUGAAAUAAGUUUGUAUUUGGAUAUUUUAUUUUAAAUAUGACUUUAUAUCUGAAAUGGACCUAUCGCAUUCUUGCGUUCGACAGGAAGAUGUUUAUCAUUUGGCACUUUUACAGUACAUAUUCAAUUUGUAUAAUAGUAUUUAUUUUGAACGUUAAGAAGUACAAAAUGUAAAAAAAAUAAUAUAAAAAUCUUUAAGUGUGUAUAAUAAAUAUGCUCAAAAAUAAAUACAUAUAUAUUUUUUCAUAUAUA